AAUGACAGCUCCCCCCCACACACAUGGAAGAAAGACUGAGGGAAGCAGCUGCAUUGGGGGACCUCGAAGAAGUGCAAAAGCUGCUGAUCUCCGGGGUGGAUGUCAACUCCCAGAAUGAGAUCAACGUGGAGGAUUUGGAGGCCGAGGAAAUUAAACCUGAACCAGAUUUAUCUUUCAUCCCGAAUUAUCUCUCCAACCCGCCUUUCCCGUUCGGUUACGCCCGCGACAGCGCGGUGAAGCAGGAGGCCGCCCCCGGGGCGUUCUCUGAGAACGGAGGUCCGCACGUAGCCCCGCCCCCCCCGAGCUUCCCUCUGCUCAGUAACGGGGGGGAGAACAUCCACCUGGCGGCGGCGGCGAAGAAGGACGACACGUUCCCGGCUUUGUUCUAUAACGGCGACGUUCAGAUCCCGGCGGAAUGUUCGCACUCGCCGGUGCCGCCGGGAUCCGUGUGCCAGACGCCGGCCUCCCAGAACCGCGGCAUGUUCUCGCCCGUCGCAUCUAAUCUUCCGCACGGCGCCGCCCAUGGUGGACCUAUGCAAGUCUUCCAGCCGUUCUUCUUCACCGGAGCCUUCCCCUCCAACAUGAAAGAUCUGGUCCUGAAAGUGAGAAUUCAGAGUAACGCCCCCGGGGACAACGACUUCAUCGAGGUGGAGAUGGACAGGGAGGCGCUGAGCUACAGGGACCUGCUCCGAGUCUGCUGCUAUGAGAUGGGUGUCAGUCCAGACAACGUGGAGAGGAUCCGCAAACUGCCGAACACCAUGCUCCGGAAGGAUAAGGAUGUCGCGCGGCUUCAGGACUUCCAGGAACUGGAACUGGUUCUGAAAUACGAUCACAGUCCCUUCAGGAGCGGCGCGGGGACGCUGACGGAGAGGCCGUGCUUCAAUAAGAAGGCCUCGCACCUCACCUACUGACAGC